UGGAAGUCCUUGCGUUUGCAUUCGAAUCACCUAUACCACCCCUGUAUGGUACUAGUAUUUCUUUGAAAGCUACUGGAUAAACAAAUUCGGAUGUUGUAGUAGAAUCUAAGAAACAUUACCCGCGGAAAUUUGUUGCAGUGACAUUAUCAUUUAAUCACUUUGAACAAGAUAAACCAUGAAUUCAUCUAAUUGAUUUAUCCAUUUGAAAUAUCUGGGGUCAUAUAUCUGCUCGAAAGGGCAUUGGGUUUUUCCCAAUAUUGGGUUGAAACUCGAAAGGGAUAAUGGAGAGGAGUGAACCUAAGAAGGACGUGAAAUUGCCUCUGCUGGACGGCUGGAAGCUCGGUGGACGCGGGCGGCGUAGCCAGCAAUUUUCCAGGCGGAACUCUGUUGCCUCGCUCCGCAGCGAUUUCCUGGCUCGUCUACCGGAUAACGUCCGCUCCUGCGUUGACCCAGAGUCUCCUUCUCCGCCUCACCUCUCCAAAUGUUCUUCCUUGACGAAAGGAGAAAAAGAAUAUUAUGAAAAACAAUUUGCAACUUUACAAUCAUUUGAAAGUGUUGAUAUCGUGAGUGCAUCUAACUCGACUGAUGAAGAUCUUGAGGAAUCAGCCCAACAUGAGAGAGCAAUGAAGAUUUCCAAUUACGUGAAUGUAUUAUUACUGGCUCUUAAGAGUUAUGCUACAGUUAAAAGUGGGUCUUUAGCUAUUGCUGCAUCAACAUUGGAUUCUUUACUUGAUGUCAUGGCUGGCGGCAUAUUAUGGCUCACUCACUUGUCAAUGAAAAACAUAAAUAUCUACCAAUAUCCCAUUGGGAAACUGAGAAUGCAGCCAGUUGGCAUUAUUAUAUUUGCUGCAGUCAUGGCUACAUUGGGCUUUCAGGUAUUGGUUCAAGCCGUCGAACAACUUCUUGAAAAUAAAGCAUCUGAAAGUUUGACCUCAGAUCAGCUAACAUGGCUGUAUAGCAUCAUGAUAACUUCCACCGUUGUAAAACUUGGUCUUUGGAUCUACUGUAAGAAUUCAGGAAAUGAGAUUGUUCGAGCUUAUGCAAAGGAUCACUAUUUUGACGUUGUUACAAAUGUAGUUGGAUUGAUAGCGGCUGUACUUGGAGAUAAAUUUUACUGGUGGAUUGAUCCUACCGGGGCCAUUGUCCUUGCAAUUUACACGAUUGUAAAUUGGUCAGCAACCGUCCUAGAGAAUGCAGCAUCACUGAUAGGACGAUCAGCCCCUCCUGAAGUAUUGCAGAAGUUAACUUAUCUAGUAGUCGGGCACCCUCAAGUGCAACGCGUUGACACUGUCCGAGCAUAUACUUUUGGUGUCUUGUACUUUGUUGAGGUUGAUAUUGAACUACCAGAAGAUUUGCCCUUGAAAGAAGCUCACACCAUAGGAGAGAAUCUUCAAAUAAAGAUUGAGAAACUUCCUGAAGUAGAACGAGCAUUUGUUCAUCUUGAUUAUGAGUGUGACCACAAACCUGAGCAUUCUGUACUCAGCCGGCUGCCCAACAGUGAACCCUAAUAUCGCAAACAUCUCAGUGUGUGCCUCAAGCGUUUUGCUUGUAGAUAUUUGCUAUUGCUUCUACCUUAAAAAAGUGGGGUUUUAAAGUGAUUUUGGGAAAAAUGUUUAAUACGG